CCCCGCCCUCAGAGCCAACCUGAAACAAGCGAGUGCUGCUCACAAUAAACUUUAUUAACAACACCGGCGGACACACAGGCCCUUACUGUACCUAGAACGUUUUACAAACCACCUGUCAGAGGGAGCCGGCUGCGGAGAGCCAGGGCCUGGUGAUGGUAUUAGGUGGCAGCUGACAGGACCUGGAAUCAAAGCUGAGGUGGACAUGACGCAGGUGGAGGCCCGGCUCAGCUCUCUGCUGCUGCAGGAACACUUCGGGGAGAUCGUAGACCGCGUGGGGACGUUUCUCAUACGGACCGGCAGCCAGCCGCUGAGAGUCAUUGCUAAUGACACGGGGACCUCCCUGGAUCAGGUAAAGAAGUCGCUGUGUGUCCUCAUUCAGCACAACCUGGUGACCUACCAGCUGCAUAAACGUGGCUUUGUGGAGUACACCGCCCAUGGGGACUGCUACUUGCGCAUCCUCCGAUACCCGCGCUACAUCUACACGGCUAAGACCCUGUACGGAGACACAGGGGAGCUGAUUGUGGAGGAACUGCUUCUGAAUGGGAAGAUGACCCUCAGCGCCGCGGUGAAGAAAGUGGCUGACAGACUGACUGAGACCAUAGAAGAUGGGAAGAACGUAGAAUACAGCGAGGUGUUGGCAACCUUCACCCAGCUGGUGGACACGCACUUUGUGCAGCGGUGCCCGGCACUCCCUGACUCCGAGGACCCGCCCAGCACAGAAGGACGUCGGCCCCAAGCGCCCACCUUGUUGACCAAUGAGAAAGAGAUGUUUACUGUCCCCAAGCUCACCAUGAUCGGGAGAGGGAAGAGGCGCCGAUCCGAAGAUGAUGAUGAAGGCGCCAGUCAGAGCAAGAGGCAAAAGAAAGAGGCAGGAGCAGAGACCAGCCAGGACGACGGGAUUUACUGGCAGAUCAACAGCGAGCGCUUUCACCAGCACUUCCGAGACCAGGCCAUCAUCAGCGCAGUGUCCAAUAAAAUGGAUCAGACCAGCAGCGAGAUCGUCCGGACUAUGCUGAGAAUGAGUGAAAUCACCACCUCAUCGGACGCCGCAUACACUCAGCCGCUGUCCUCUAAUGAGAUCUUCAGAUCUUUACCAUCAGGAUACAACAUUUCCAAGCAGGUUCUAGACCAGUACCUGUCCCUCCUUGCUGAUGAUCCGCUGGAGUUUGUUGGCCGCUCGGGGGAAAGCGGCGGUGGGAUGUUUGUCAUCAAUCUGCACAAAGCUGUCGCAUCGCUGGCCACAUCCAAUCUGGAAUCCAUAGUGCAGGAGAGGUUCGGCUCUCGCUGCGCCCGGAUUUUCCGCCUCCUCCUUCGGAAGAGACACUUGGAACAAAAACAGGUGGAAGAUUUCGCCAUGAUCCCCGCUAAGGAGGCCAAGGACAUGCUGUAUAAAAUGCUGUCUGUGAAUCUGGUGAACCUGCAGGAAAUCCCCAAAACACCAGAUCACGCUCCGUCUAGGACAUUCUAUCUGUAUGCAGUGAAUCCUCUCCCCACUGCCCGGAUGUUGCUGCAGAGAUGCUACAAGACUGUGGCCAAUCUGAUCGAGAGGAGACAGUUCGAGACCAAGGAGAACAAGCGGCUGCUGGAGAAGUCCCAGAGGAUUGAGGCUAUCAUCACCUCCAUGCAGGCCACGGGGGCGGAGGAAGCCCAGCUGCAGGAGAUCGAGGAGAUGAUCAGUGGCCCCGAGCGCCAGCAGCUGGAGAGCCUGAAGCGCAACGUGAACAAACUGGACGCCAGUGAGAUCCAGGUGGAUGAGACCAUCUUCAUUUUGGAGUCUUAUGUCAAUAGCACGAAAGCCAAGAUACCUGUAUGACCUGCGGAAAGACCUGUAUUUAUGUCUACCCCCAGACAUCUGUUCCACAUUGGAAAGAAAUAAAAAUGUUGUUUUUUUUUAUCACACAGGGUAUAUUCCUCUGGAAGAUUUAUGCUCUGUUAAUGAGAGUAGCUUCUUGUCGGCAGAAUGUAAUGUUAAAUACAAGUAUAUAGUAAACCGAA